AUGGCGGCAGUUGGAAGUGAGCGAUCGCGGUGCCUGGAUAUAUUAGAGUUGGACGACACAGCAAGUUUAGUGGAAAUCAAACAGGCUUAUAAAAAGCUGGCAUUGCAGUAUCACCCAGAUAAGAAUCCAGAUGAUGAAGAGGCCACUAAAAAGUUCCAAGAACUGAGCUGGGCAUAUGAAAAACUUUCCACAGCUAAUCAUCAUCACUGUCAACAUUGUGGAGGAUGCCACAGUGAACAUGAGGACAGUUUUGAAGAGGAGGAGGAUUUUUUGUCAUCAUAUUUUAUGGAGCUGUUUUUUGAAACUCUUGAAGAAAAAGUAAUGCAAAGGAGAUUUAUGAAUAAAAAGAAGCGUCAGUAUUAUCAAUGGACAAAAGAAGAUGAAGAAGAAGAACAGUUUUACACUUACUUGUUUGAGAAAAGGAAGGCUUAUGAAGAGGAAGAUGUACAACUAACUCAGGAAGAGAUUCACAGAUUUCAUUCUUUUGAUGAAUGGUUACAGGAGAGAGAUCCGAAAAAAAGGCCCAACACCAGAACACGGAAAGCUAUUAAAAAAUCCAAUGAGACAACAUUAGAGAAACCACGUAUGCCUUCGAAGAAAGCACUUCUGGAAAUAGAAAGGAGGCGACAGAAGGAAGCCGAAAAAAUUGGACAAGUAAUCAAGGCAAGCAAUGAACAGUAUCUCUUAAAGGAGCAAGAGAAAGAGACUGAGAAAGUUAAACAGAAAAAAGAAACCCAGGUGAGAGACAAACAUGACCCAGCUAAAGGCAGCUGUCAGGAUGAGCCUAAAAGGCCAGUGCAAAGACCAAGUGUGGAGAAUACAGAGGUUAAAAAGAAGGAAAGCCGUAAAAAGCAAAAAGAGAAGGUAAACUCUGCUAUUUAG